AUGGGUUGCUGCUCGUCCGUGCCGUCGCAUGACGACGACCAUCCGCAGGAAGACCGAGCCAUCACAGACGAUCGCUCGGCGCAAGAAACUCGGAAUGCCAGCACCGAUACCUCUAUAACCACACAGACCAGCCGUCGCCGCGUGCGGCGCGCCCCUAAUCUUCCCCUGAGCGAGCACUACAACGCACCGGUGCGCUUACACGUCUGGUAUAGCAAGCGUCGCGUUUGGAAUCGCACCGACCUAGACCGCGAGCGUCGCGAGUUCUUCGAAACUCGAGUCACCGGCCGACCCGAGGUAUGGGCCGCGCUCUCGUCUGCCAUCACCCUCAUGCGUGGGGGUGAUCUCGCCACGGCGCAGAGUAUAGUUGAUGCGGCGGGUGUGACUAUUCCAACGGGCGAUCUUUGCGAGGGCUGCUACGAUGAGCAAGGCGUGCUAUACCGCCUCCCACAGUGUAUCGUCAGUGAUCCGGAGAACAUGGCGCAGACGAAUUUAUCUGCUGCAAAUGAUAUUGCUCGGGAUAGUCAGGUGACGCAGGAGGAAGAGGAUAUGGAGGCGCUGUCGGAUGGGAAGCUUGCUACGGACGAUGCCUCGGGGGAUGAAUUGAUCUCGGAGGAUAUCGAGCGCCGGAGGGAUGAGAAGGGUAAGACGAGUGAGCGAGACCUUAUCCGCGUACAGGCCCGACUGAGUGAUCGUGGUGGUCCCGAUUUGGUGCUGUCAAUAGGCAAGGGCCAGAGCGUUGGUUUUCUGGCCCGCAAAAUCCAGCAGGAGGCAGGGAUCCCAAAUCAUCAGCGGGUACGCAUCGUCUACCUGGGCCGCAUGCUUAAAGAGCAUGAAUCGUUACUCAGUCAGGGUUGGGAGCAUGGCCAUGUUAUCAACGCCUUAAUUGCUUCCCGAGGUCUGCUCUAA